AUUAGUCCUAUCGCUAGGCUUCGUCUGAGUCAGUUUGAUUGCAAGCCAGAUUUAGCAAAGUUUUCAGAACGCGGUCGCGCUCAGGUGGUGACACUUGCUUUACUGCUUUGGGACCUAGUCGUUGCACUUUUAGGUUCCUCGCCCCGCGCGCUGGGGUCAUAAAAAAUGAGUGAAAGCAGUAUUUUGACGCGGACAAGGGCGGAAUGAUUUCAUGUUUGUUUAUUAUACCAGCUGGCGUUCGGUUGGGAUUGUUCCCAUCGAUAGCAUGAGCAGUCGCAUACGACCGACGAGAUAACGUGCGGUGGAUUGUGGAAUUGCGCCUAAAACGCGACCUAGUGUGGAAUGCCUAAAUCUAAUCGGAGGAAAAAAUGUCAAACAAUAACAAAGAGAAACUGGUGCAGCUUAUAGAGUGACUUAGUUAGCGUAACCUCUAUUCGGAAUAUUUCGAGAGGGAGUAAAACCAACAAGGGAAGUGAACCAAGAAAAAUAAAUUGACCCGUUCGUUAUCGGGGAAAUUGAUUUCAGUGUGCGAUUAUGGUAAUUUUGAUAAGUUUGUGGUGGAAAUUGAAGGAAGGAAUUAAUUAUAAUCGAAUCUAAAUAAUGAAUUUGCCUUCAUCCGUUGACGCCGGUUGGUAAUCAAAAAGAAAGGAAGGCGAACAUUCCCAUAUCAGACGUCGUCGCACAAAGUAGAUGACGAAUUUGCUAAGUGGAUGAAUGAAUAUCAACCGCUCGUCGUCACCCUCUACGGGUGGCCAUUAGCUACGGAAUAAAGGGUGCCAGAAACGUGGAGCUUAGCGUCAUCUAGAUGUAACAUUUCCUUCCCGCAGUCCCCGGUGCUCUUCGCGCGUGGAUUCGUUUUCGUCGUGCAUGCACGCGGAGUGUGUUUGUAUGGGGGGAAUCGGUCUACUUGUUGUGGCAACCACCAGCCAAAAGAAAAUCCAACGAAGAGGGUAAUAAUGUAAUAAAUUUUUGUGGAAAGUACAAUUUCGUGACAAUCGGCAAUAAAAACAUUUCAAACAAAGAAAACCAAAAGUGUAAAAACCGGUAGAACACAGGCCAAAGCGGAGUAUAAAACGGAAAGGAAAUAUCUCCGCCUCGCAUUGCUCCCUUCUUGAAUGAGAGCCGGAAGCACCCACCUCUCCAAGUUACCCGCAGACCAGACGGGAUCGGCCCCAAUCUUGCCGCCAGCUACCGUCUCGGGAAGUGUGAGAGAGAAAUAUUUAUUAUGCAAGGAUAAAGUGAAGUGAGAAAACCCAAAGUGUUUUAUUUUUCCUGCACUCGUUCACACUCUCGGUCUCAAUUCUGGCACUGGUUCUGUUUUACUUCGUCUUGGAUUGGUGCACAGAAAUCGUGAAACAUUUCCUACACACACAAUAUGGAUAGUGCCGGCGCUUAUCCUUCGCUGUGGCGCAACUAUCAUCGGCAGCAAAACCACCGCCAUCAUCGCCAUCAUUAGAGGAACCGCCAGCACUGCUCACCAGUACGAUCAAACUCAUACCCACACCGUUUCACACACACGCACAAACUCGGUCCCACUUAAGUACGUACUCAACAGCUUAGAAAUUCUGCCACUCCGCGCUCCCGGCACAAGAACAGGAAAAGAAACAACCCCACCAGGAAAGCGGGGUUCUGCUCGAACGUUGUUGGCAUGAAAGCAUUAACAUCGAGUGCAAUGCUGCUUGCAAGUGUUUUACUGAUUUUAAAUGGAUUUCUCAUCACAAGCACGCACAGCGAGGAAGAAGAACCUAUUGAGGACAACAACUCGUAUGUACUAGACAAGGAUCUGCCAAAAUUUGGUGAGCCAAUCCAAAACUUAACAGUGGCCGUGGGCAGAGAAGCGGUCCUGAUUUGCGUGAUUGAUAAUCUGCAAACGUAUAAGGUGGCCUGGCUUCGGGUGGACACCCAAACGAUUUUAACGAUACAAACGCACGUAAUCACCAAAAAUCACCGAAUGACGAUUACGCACGUAGAAGGACGCAAAUGGGUGCUCCGGAUAAAGGACGUCAAAGAGUCAGACAAGGGAUGGUACAUGUGCCAGGUGAACACCGAUCCAAUGCGGAAUCAAAUUGGCUUCCUGAACGUAGUUGUGCCACCAAACAUCCUGGACUAUCCCACCAGUACAGACAUGGUGGUUCGAGAAGGCAGCAACGUGACGCUAAAAUGUGCUGCAUCAGGUUCCCCCCCGCCCAUUAUCAUAUGGCGCAGGGAGGGUAACGAGCCAAUUAGUUCAGACGCUUCCAGUCAUAACACAUCAACGUUUUCCAUUCCACGGGUCAAUCGGCUGGACAUGGGAGCAUAUUUAUGCAUCGCUUCCAACGGGAUUCCGCCAUCAGUGAGCAAACGUGUGAUGUUGAUAGUGCAUUUUUCUCCCAUGAUUUGGAUACAGGACCAGUUGGUGGGGGCAGCACUCGGUCAGCGCCUCACUCUCGAGUGCAACUCGGAAGCCUUUCCCCGGUCAAUCAAUUACUGGAUGAAGAACGACACAAUCAUAACACAAGGCAAACGUUUCGAGCCGUCAACGCAUGAAGCCAGCAAUUACAAGGUAGUGAUGAAGCUGACGAUAAAGGAAGUCGACAUCGGCGACUUUGGCACUUACAAAUGUGUGGUCAAGAACUCCCUUGGGGAAACAGACGGAUCAAUCAAAGUAUAUCAUAUUCCAUCGACCACAACUACCCCAACCAGCCCUCCAACAACAACAUCGUUGCCAACUACAACUGACUAUCCGUAUCGAAAAAAUUAUAAAAAUAAAAUCUAUCGGCCAAUAGACGAAUACUCGCCAUCAAGUAAGAUUCUAUUAGGUGACAAUGGUGAUCAAUGGAGUAUAGAUUUAUCGAAAGAUAAAGAACGCUACAGGGAAAACUCCGCUACUCUAGAAGACCAGCGGGAAAAAGAAGCAUUCGUCGACAACGACACAAACUCGAAUGCGCGCUCCACAUCGCAUCUCAACUUCAAGGACUUGAAUUUACUCCUCGCGUUGCUUAUGAUGUUUCACCUGAGGUGAUGGGUUCGGGCAAAAUCAGUAGAAGCCAAGCCAACUGUACGCUGAAUAAAUGGAAUUAAUUUAGUUGAACUAUUUACUUGCUGAUAAUCCAAAAAAAGCAUGAAUAAACCAUUUCUUUCUGCUACAGGAAACAGAAAGCAUAGAUCUGGACAAAACACAAAUAGAGAAGCAUAACUGAUGAUUUAAUGUUAUACAAUAAAGGUAAUUGCAUUUUGUAAUAAAACGGUA